UUGAUUUUAUGUUCUACCUGAUACAACUCGCCAUGAUUAUGAUGGCAAAUCUAAGUAAAAAUCUAUAUUUCUUCAGACCGGUCUAAUUCUGAUUGACAUUCUCUAUUACUCUGGCUGUGUUGUAGAUAUAUUCAUGCAUGUAGGUGUUUCAGGAUUCUUAAUAUUUCUUAGCUUUUAUCUUUAGAAGCUCUACAUCUGGGUUUGCCAUGGAAGAUGAAGAAACAAGGGAACUUUUUAAACCAUGCAGGAUGUGCUAUCAGAAAUGUUUUAGAAUUCAUGGUAAAUACCAUGAGAUAGAGUGCUUUGAUGGGUGUGUUUCCUUCUUCAAAGUUAUGCUUGGAGACUUUACAGAAAGACUGAGCAUUCCGCCUGCAUUUGAUUCACAGUUUAUAUAUGAGAGGGAGCAACAUAUGGUGUUGCAAGGCCCAAGUGGGCAGGAGUGGGAUGUACAAUUAUUGGGUGCAAACACUACCCUGGAAUUCCGACAUGGGUGGGAAAAUUUUGUGCAUUAUCAUGGGCUGAAAUUGGGAGAUUUUGUUGUGUUCAAGUAUAUAUCUAAGCUGUGCUUGAAGGUUCAGAUAUUUGAAAAAAGUGGAUGUGAGAAAGAUAUCAGCUCAGAAAACCAACAUUGAUUUAGAUGAGAGAUGCCCUGAUCAACCAAUGUUGUUGAUUUAUUUGGUUUGUGAUGAGGAAAAGAAUGAUACAGCUGAACCAACUCCUGAAAAUCGAAGGAGGAAGAAGAAAACGAAAUCUAAGCUUAUAGGUAAGCAAAAGUUUAGUCCAGAAGUACUCAACUUGUUAAAUUUGUAAGCUCCAUAAUUUAUUUUUUCUUUUUAUAGUAGGCAUAUAGAUUUUAUUCUUAUUAGGAGAAUUGGUACAACAAGAAAGUUAAUUUGAUUGCAGGCCAUUCAUCCAAGAAAUAUGGGCACCUUUUAUCCUCUCAAAAGCACAUAGCAAUGGAGAUUGCUGCUCCUUUCGAGUCAGAUAAACCCUUCUAUAAAAUGGUUAUGAAAUCAUGGAAUGUAAAUGACCCACACAUGCUAGUGAGAUCAAAUUCUCUUCUUCUUUUUGGUUAUAUAUAUUUUAGCAUUUCAUAGAAA